AUGCCGGUAGUGGGAAAUGUUGACGAUCAAGUAGAUAUGCCAAACGACGAACCUAUACAACGUAACAUUCACGAUUCCCCAAUGUAUAUCAGCAGUACUACUCCGCUCGUCAAAACAUGCUCUGAAAGAGCCGUUUCGCAGGGCAAUGGGUUGCUAAAGCGCAAAGCGCGCUGGAAUUCUCUCGUUGAUGGCAGGAAUAUGUCUUCUGAGAGAAACGCUUUGCUCAUGGAAAGACAAUACGUAUUUAUCACAGUGGCUUCAAUGGGGGAAAGCAGUCUCGUUCAUAAUCCAAAGUCGGCUAGAAAUCAAGAUAAUGAUAUCGACACGAGCAGUGAAUAUGAGGGGAACGAAGUACAUUUCCUGGAGAUAUCAAUGGAUGAUAACGCUAUCACGGAUGAAACCGAGGAGAGAAAGUUUACCUCAACAGAUGUUCCAUUGAAGUUGGAUUUUUUCUUUUAUAAUAUCGAAGAACCUGAAUAUCACUUAGCUCCCAAAUGUAACGACAAGCUUUUGAACUGCUUCAGGUUCAUCGCGCAGCAGAACGGGACAGAUAUUUUCUGCUAUUGCAUGUCCCAAGCCAAUGGGAGAUUUGAGCAGUUGGCACAGGGUCACUUUGGCUGUGGGAAGAUAUGGAUGGAUAUUAAGCGUUACCUGGAGGAGGAGCGCUGGUCCAUCCGGUAUGUUGACUUUCAUGGCCAGGAAUGUUGGAUUGGACUACUAUACUCGAGACGAAGGGAGUCACGGUCAUUUGCAAAGUACUCCCCCCGCGAUGGCUUCCUACGAGAACAUUACAUUCUCAGCCAUGAAUGCCGUUUCAUACACACCCCGACGUGGAGAAGGAUGAGGGAAUACAUGGAACCAGAAUACGAACGCAACGAUACUCAAUUCUUCUCGGAUAAGGCAACCCAGAUUCUCAAUGGAGUAACCGUUGAGAUUGGAAUUUUAAAGUUCAAAAUGUUUGAUGCCGAUGCGGAGGACCCGGCCGGCAUAUUGGAGAACAAGAGAUUUUUGCUUGGAAAAUCCAUCCAAACGAUGAAGAACAAAAGGAGUACCCCGGAUGGCUCCCGAAAGAAGAUACUACAGGCCAUGGAAAGAUUCUUGGAAAUUGAAAAACGUAUGGCCGACCCAAAUAUCAUUACCUAA